UUUAACUGUUACUCAGGAAAUGGAAGUGACUUUUUUCUUUGUUUUUAUGGUAGAGACCCAAACGAUUUAGAGAUUAUCUGGGUAUUAACUAGCAGUUAAGCAGACUAUUGUUUCUCUGAACUAAGAUGGUGUGUAAAUAGCAGCUGGUUUAAAUUAGUCCACCGCACCCUUCUCAGCUGAGGACGCUGGUUUUUGUUGCGUGGGUGGUGGGCUACGUGGCCUUUCUGCUGUCCAUCAGGAGGAUGUGGACAGGGAAGUAUGUCCGCAGUCCGCUCGUCCGCUCGCUUUUCCUCAACAUGGUGAACGAGAGCGAAGCGGUCACAUCUGAGGCGGAGGAGUGGUACCGGUGCUGCCCUGACCUGCUGGGAGAAUCUGUGCGUCCCCUGUUCAUUCAGAGCCACCUGGACUCGGACACCAAGACUUUCCUCAGGCAGAGUGCAGAAAAGUCCGGCUGGCUGUUCACGCAGCUCUAUCACUCCCUUGUAUCUACCGUGCUCAGCCCUGUGGUGUCGCGCACCUCCAUCAACGGGUUUCUGGGCCGCGGAUCAAUGUUCGUGUUUUCUGCCGACCAGUUUCAGCGGCUGCUUCGGAUUGGCCCGGACUGGAGGGCAGAGAGACUCCUGGACCUCGGAGCCGGGGAUGGAGGCGUCACAGAGGUGAUGGGAGUCCAUUUCAGACAGGUUUAUGCAACUGAAGUGUCAGCACCCAUGAAAUGGCAUCUCCAGAGGAGGAAUUACAAAGUUCUGGAUAUAGAUGAGUGGCAGGAUACUGGUUUCCAGUAUGAUGUGAUCAGCUGUCUGAACCUGCUGGACCGCUGUGAUGAUCCUCUGAACCUCCUGCAGGACAUCAGGAGAUCCUUAGUUCCCAAAACAGGAAGACUGGUCCUGGCUGCCGUGCUUCCCUUCCAGCCUUAUGUGGAAGUCGGAGGGAAAUGGGAACGUCCAAAAGAGCACCUGAAAAUUGCGGGAAAGACGUGGGAGGAGCAAGUGACCAACUUGUCCAACGAGGUUUUCCCGCGUGCAGGGUUCGAGGUGGAGGCUGUGACCCGAGUGCCGUACCUCUGUGAAGGAGACAUGUACAACGAUUACUACGUCCUGGAUGACGCCGUGUUUGUGCUCAAGGCCUCAGAGGGCGGUGAAGACUGACGCUCACAGAUCGCUGUCCAAGCUUGAUCCUGGUUGGUUUUAGUGCAGUUUUCAUAAGCAUCCUCCAUACUUUCAUUAAUUUUUGACUUGUAUUGGAAUGGUGAGUCAGGUGAAGCUCAGGUACUGUAGUUCUAACUUUUACCAGCCAUCCUGUGAUACCUCAACCUUUUAAGCAAAAAAAAAAAAGCAAACUUAAAGGUUGUUUAUCCUCAUGGAAAUGCCACUGAAGAUCUACUCUUCUAAACAUAUCAUGUUGUGGGUGUUUAUUCAAUUUUUUUUAAAGAUGUUUGCUAACUUUUUUGUCAAUGAUGACAGAAGUCAUCGAAGUGCUUCUUUAUUUGGAGUAGUGAAAUAAAUCUCGGUUCAUGCCUCAUUUUUUAUACAGCGUACCUGCAGGACAAAAGGAAAUUCACUGAAACAUGUAAACGUGGUUCUCCAGACUUCCUGAAGGCCUUUCCAAAGCUCUUCUUUGGAUGUUUCUGCAUUUUGUUGUGUUCUCUGUUCAGAUGAUCCCACAAUGCUUCAAUAAUGAGGUCUGGUUUCUGGGAAGAUCCCAGAGUAAUAUAGUAAUAUAGAGUGGAACAGCUUUAAUGAUCAUACAUGACCCAUGACAGACGAAACACUGGAGUGUUUAUCAUGAAUUACAGGUUCACUCGGCCACUCGGAAUUAAAAAAAUGUGCCAUUCUUUAAUGCAAUAUUUGUGAAGCCUAUAUCAUGUGUUUUUAAAUAAAAACUAAAUUUCUU